UGUCACGUCAAAGCGCCCUGCCCUCCCACCCUUCUGUCUUUCCAGUUUCCCAUCAUCUCAUGAUACUGGUGUCAUGGCUUUGACUCCGUCUUCGGCCGCGCGCGCUUUCUCAGGGACGCGAUAAGCUGCUGCUACAUCGGAUCAUUCCCCAUCGCUUUUGAUCGUGACGCUGGAUAUUUUCAUUGUUACUGGUGUGACAUUGUUAUUAUCGAUGACUCGCGCAGCUGUGCGCGUUCCCAGGCAACCCCCGUCACGAACGCGCACUGAACGCGCUCAUUCGCUCCGUUUCGUUUCUUCUGUUUGAGCCGGUGAACAUUAUUGACUAUGGAAAGCUGAGUCUCGUUCAUUCGUACACCAAAAAACAGUAAAUCAGAGGUCAUUCCGAGCAACGAAAGGGUUUUAUUCGCACCACAUUCGUGGUUCUCGACAAGAGCAACAACCAGUUUGGAAUGAGAUUAGGGUCUAGGCCAUGGGUGGAACCAAGAGUAAGCCCAAAGACCUCAGCCACCGUUCCCGGAGUCUGGACGAUGGCUCCGGAGGACACCAUCAUAGUCCCAACCAGUCGUCCUUCACGCCCAACCGGAGCCCACCGGUGGACGGCCCUAGACGCGGCACCCAGCCCAACAUCAUCUGUGCGGAGCAGGCGCUGUUUGGAGGAGUGAACUCGAUCAAUAGUACCACGUCCCCUCAUAGGGUCGGCACGCUUUCCGGCGGCGUGACCACGUUUGUGGCUUUGUAUGACUACGAGUCACGAACCGCCUCUGAUUUGUCAUUCAGGAAAGGAGAACGACUCCAGAUCGUCAAUAACACGAGAAAGUUGAAUCCCAGGGAGGGCGACUGGUGGCUGGCUCGCUCGCUGACGACGGGAGAGAGUGGAUACAUUCCCAGCAAUUACGUGGCACCGUCUGAUUCCAUCCAGGCUGAAGAAUGGUACUUUGGAAAGAUCACACGCAGGGACUCCGAGCGCCUCCUCUUGAGUCUGGAAAACAGGAGAGGAACUUUCCUGGUCAGAGAGAGUGAGACAACCAAAGGAGCCUACUGUCUUUCUGUCCUGGAUUACGACAACGUCAAGGGCCUAAAUGUGAAACAUUACAAGAUCCGGAAGCUGGACAGCGGGGGAUUUUACAUCACGUCCCGCACACAGUUCAGUACUUUACAGCAGCUGGUCAACCACUACCGCCAGCACACAGACGGCCUGUGUCACUGUCUGACUGACGUGUGUCCCGUGCUGAAGCCUCAGACGCAGGGCCUGGCACGGGACGCCUGGGAGAUCCCACGAGACUCUCUGAGACUGGACGUCAAACUGGGCCAGGGCUGCUUCGGAGAGGUCUGGAUGGGCACUUGGAACGGCACGACACGUGUGGCCAUCAAGACUCUGAAGACUGGCACUAUGUCUCCUGAGGCUUUCCUGCAGGAAGCACAGGUGAUGAAGAAACUCCGGCACGAGAAGCUGGUGCAGCUUUACGCUGUUGUCUCGGAGGAGCCCAUUUACAUCGUCACUGAGUACAUGGGACAAGGAAGUCUGUUGGAUUUCCUGAAGGGUGACAUGGGCAAAAUGCUGCGGUUGCCUCAGCUUGUGGAUAUGGCAUCUCAGAUCGCCUCUGGAAUGGCGUACGUGGAAAGAAUGAACUAUGUGCACAGGGACCUCAGGGCGGCCAACAUCCUGGUGGGUGAUAACCUGGUGUGUAAAGUGGCUGACUUCGGCCUCGCUCGACUCAUAGAGGACAACGAAUACACGGCCAGACAGGGAGCCAAGUUUCCCAUCAAGUGGACUGCGCCAGAGGCGGCGCUUUACGGCCGCUUCACCAUCAAAUCUGACGUGUGGUCGUUUGGGGUCUUACUGACGGAGCUGACGACCAAAGGCAGGGUGCCUUACCCAGGUAUGGUGAACCGGGAGGUGCUGGACCAGGUGGAGCGAGGCUACAGGAUGCCCUGUCCCGCUGAGUGCCCCGAAUCCCUGCACGAGCUGAUGCUGACCUGCUGGCGCAAGGAGCCCGAAGAGCGGCCCACCUUCGAAUACCUCCAGAGCUUCCUGGAAGACUACUUCACCUCUACUGAACCACAGUACCAGCCGGGCGAGAACCUCUAGAGAUGCAGAUCCAGUCGAGUGUGAGAAAGAGAAAGAGAGAUGCUUUUCCUGACCAGAAACAAACACGGGAAGUUACUGAUACUGAUCCACAUGGAAAGAUCUCAGAGCAUCCAGCCUGUUUUAAGCACGUUGCUGGGUCUUCAGACGCUCUCGGUGUUACAGCAUCUCCCCCUCUGUUAUUGUAAUCGCAUGUUUUUUCCACUUUCAUCGCAGAUGAGUUUCAAACAGCAAGACGAGAUGCAUCUUUUCUGCAUCAUUCGCAAAGAAAUUCACUAACAAAUUGCUUCUUCGGCCGUGCAGCUUGCUGUUUCUGCUGAUAAUUGUUGCAAGGCUUUAUUUCCAAUGCUCUGUAGAUUGAUCUCAAGCUGUUUUUCUUGACCUCGAUGUACCACCAUUAUCUCCUAAACUCUUUUAGCGGAUGCUCCAGAUCUGUCAUUCAUCCUCCUCCCACAAUCCCACAAUCCCUUACUUCCCCUAUCCUCUCCCAUCCCCCUCCGUCAGCUCUGGUGUUUGUCAUGAACCCUGCGACCCGUUCACAAGCUCAGAUGGAUGAGAUUGUGUCAUCUGUGAUUACAGCUCUCUUUCUAUAUCGUGGCGAACGGACAUUCCCGUUAAUGUCUUCCAAUAGAUAUCCAGGGUCUGUAUCUGAACGUGGUGUUUUAUGCCUGGUAGAAAUGAGUUUUUGUCCCACUAUGUUUGUUUCUUUCUUUUCUUUUGUAUGAACCUGGAUCAACUGGAAUAAGAAUGUGAUUUUUUGAAACUGGUCACGUGAUUGGAAACUGAAAUUGAAAUUCUGGAAACAAAACAUUCUUCCUUUUGCUACGGACUCAAUUAGAGAAUCGUUCAGAUUGUGGCUUCAUUUGCUACAGUUGUACUACUCUUCUAGUAUUCAAAACAACUACUGAUAUAUAUAUAGCGUUGUUUUAUGUUUAAAGCAAAUAUGACUGUAUAGUCCUACUUUCUGUGCCAAUACAAAGGGGAAAAAACCAAUUUUCUACUGUUUUAUUAUGUAUAAAAUGUAUUUUUAUUAAUGUUGGGGGUUUUUUGUAUCAAAGAGGAUGAGCAGGCUUUGUAACUAGAAACUAAAGGAAUAGUUCACUGAAAAUUGGUCAUUUCUAACCCUCAUGUUGUGUAAAACACAAACGGAGACAUUUAGCUGAAAGUUCAUGCUGCUCUUUUCCAUAUACAAUACUUUUACAUUUAUUGCAUGGGAAAAGCAUCCUCUAAAUGUCUCUUUUUGUAUCCCAAGGCAAAAACAGCAUAAAUGUUUGGAACGACAUGAGGGUGAGUGAAUUCUACUCAAAAAAAAAAAAAAAAAAAAUUUAUUCCGUGUUUUUUUUUUUUUUUUUUUUUUGUCUUGUUUUCCCCAUUACAAGUCUUUUUUUUUUUAAAUCAAGUGAAAUGUCUGGAAACUCGUUUACCCAUACAAUCAAGUAUUUUUCUUACCCAAUUGUUGAAUGUUAUUUCUCAUUUUAAGCAUAAACUCACUUAAUUUAGACAAGUUUUUUAGAAAACAAGAAUUUUUAUCUUAAGUAAUUGGCGUCUCAAGUUGAUUUAAGAAUAAUUAUGCAGGAAAACAAGACGAAAACAGGACGAAAAUAAAUUUUUAUAGUGUAGGUGAACUAUUGCUUUUAUGACUCAUGAAUAUUCUUCAACUGAUGUUUGAACGUUAGAGUGCUUGAAUUUCAAACGUUUUAUCUUUUGCAAUAGUUUUGGCUUUUUUGAGACAAAUUCUGACACGCGCAGUCAAACUUGCCAAUAUUUUAUAUGCAAAAUAGCCAUUGUUAUAUAUAUAUAAUUGUGGGUAACGAGCUCAGUUCUAUCACUACUGCUUUCCCAUCAGAUCCACAGAGAGCCAUGAACCUCGUCUGUGAGGUGUUUCGUGUUAGAAACUGAUCUCGGGUCGGUUACUGAAUGCAUAGUGAUGUAAUAGCGAAUAAAUAAUAUAAUCACUGCUGAGACAAUGUAGAAUGAAAUAGAUUUGAGUUUGCAUUGAUCGUAAGGGUUUGGAAGUGUGAAUAGUGGAGUAACAUCAAGUUUUGAUGCAUUGUUUAGAAUAGCAUGCAGCUGUAAUCGCGGUACUUUAGCUGGUAGAUGUGUGACGCCUGUCAAUACCAAUAUACUGUAAAUACUUUCGUAUGUAAAUAUUCUUUUCAUAUUUAUUCAUAUUGCCUCAGUUUAUGUUCAGCAGAUCUUUGCUUGGUUCUCCCUGUAAGAUCAAUGUUAUAGAUUGACGUUCAGUCCUGUGCAAAGCUGACCACAAGAAGUAUCAUUGCCACUCCACAAAACCAGUUUUUUCCUCCAGCAACUGAAUGCAUAGAGAAACAGCCAAUCACAAAACAGCAUGCCAUCAUGUGAUCAGAUUCACAGAUACAAUUUGCUUGCUUUAUUUUCGACUCUUUAUUUUUAUUUACAGUAAUAAACUCACCUUAAAGAGGCAUUUCUUUAGGGUUGACUCGUGCACUAAUGUAUUGUUUUAUUAUUUCUUUUGAACUGUUUUAACUUGCAAUAUAUCUGCUGUUGAUUUUGACAGGUAGUAGUUACUGUAAAGUUAAACUGCGCUGUAUGCAUCGCUCUGAUCGUACUGUGACUUAACGGAGGAAAUCUGAUGAUGUGUGGAGAAUGGCAUGUUCUUGGCACAUGCUGUAGAACUGGAAAACAAAAUUAAGACAAGUAAAACAAAUCAGAUCUACAAGUAAACACAAUAUUAGUGCAUCCCUGUCUAAUGUAUUCAACUAUGCAGUUGUUUUCUAUGAGUUUCCUGUCUGUAUUUUAACUGCAGUUGCUCACAAUCAGAUUGCAGGUACUUGCUCCCAGUGUACAGUUCUGCAAAGACUUGUUUCAAAAUAGGAAAUAAAACUGAAAUGAGAUUUGUACUUUCU